ACCAAAAGGGCUCUAAAGUCUGUCUUCCAUAGCACUUUACUGAAAAAUGUUUUGUUAUAUGUUUAGGAAGCAAACAUGUUCAUCUCACAUUUAUUCAACAACAUAUUAUAAUAAUUUUAUCAUGUGUUCCGUAUUAAGGGGUUUUAAUGGGUUUUAAGGGGCCAGAAGUACCAAACUUUGAUAACAUACCUCAAACAGAACAAAUAUUUUAAAAAACAUUAUUUUGAAAAUCAAUAUAGAAUAAAAUGCUGAGAAUGAUGUUCCUAAUAAAAUUCAACCAACAUUUUUUUGUUGUUUCCCCAAUGAGGAGAUAAAGGGUCAAAUAUCAAAGUCAAGGUCAAAUAACCUUCAAAAAAUCGCACGGAAGACCUCCUCGUUGCUCGCAACGAGAUCGUGUCUAGUUAUGAUCAAUUAUUACUCUUUGAUCCGUUUUCUUCCUUCGUGUAGACGGCGGCCGCGUGAAUCUACCCCUUUUGUCACGCAUUUGCAUGGGGGCCGCCAUUUUUCCUUACUAUUAACAUACGGGCUUCUGGCGGGGAAUUCCCAGAUUCCAAAGUUGCGCGAGAUCACCCGAAAUUUGCCGAAGUCAUUAGGUCCAUAAUACCUUAAGUAGUAGAUAGAAAAAAAUUGACGAGAUUAAGUCACAUAGUUAUAUGGACAGAUGUCACAUAAAAUAUCCUUAGAUAUUGUAUAUUUAUGUAGAGUUAAGUAGUAGACAGAAAACAUUGACAAGAUUAAGUCACAUAGUUAUAUGGACAGAUGUCACAUAAAAUAUCCUUAUAGACAUUGUAUAUUUAUGUAGAGUUAAGUAGUAGAUAGAAAACAUUGACGAGAUUAAGUCACAAAUUCUAUGGACACGUGUCACAUAAAAUAUCCAUAGAUAUUGUAUAUUUAUGUAGGGUUAAGUAGUAGAUAGAAAACAUUGACAAGAUUAAGUCACAUAGUUAUAUGGACAAAUGUCACAUAAAAUAUCCUUAGACAUUGUAUAUGUAGGGUUAAGUUAUAGUCACAUAACACCUUGACAGAAAUCACAUAAUAUCCCCUUAAUCAUGUGACAGGAAGGUCUUGGGCAGCCAUGUUGACCAGAGUCAGCUGAAGUGAAAACACGGAUGACGAACUUACCAUUGGAUUUUUAGCAUUUGAUUCAGAUUUUGAAUUUUCACAAGAUUGUUCUUUCUCCUCAGAUUUUUCCCUUGAUGUUCUAGAGCUUUUUAUUAAUGGAAAAAAUUUUCUGUGCUUUUUCUCUGCAGCUGAAUUCACUGCAUGUACAUUUUUUCGUCAUCUAUUGGGAUUUCACUUUUCAAAAUAUGUACUUGAAUAAAUUUUAAGGCCAUUAUUCCACAUCCAUUCAAUGAGGACAAAUUGGUAAAAUACAAAAAGGUAGGGCCAUGGCCACAUUAUUUUACGUCAUCCCUCUCACACAAAACCCAUUGUGAUGUCACAAGGGGGGAUAUCAAGACAAUAUUCAAUGAGGAAUAUCCAUGGGAUAUAGGGGUUAACAUGGGAUAAAGAGAUCUAUGAAUUGCUCCUGUGCAACAUGGACAAGAAUCCCUAAGAUAUUAGGGGUGAAACGAUACGCCUCCUUCAAGAUACGAUACGAAUCAUGUUAUAUCUGAAUCCGGAAUCUAUUGUUCUUAUCAUAUUGGUUUUGUAUGUAACGUGUAACUGCGCAUGAAUUUGUAAAAUAAAGUAGUUCCUGUGUAGCCAUUUUGGUAGUCACACGUGAUUUCCCUGAACCCAACAUAUUGGCGACGAGGAUCGGAGGAUGGCGCUUAUCAUCGGGAAAGUUGGCCCGUUCGACGAGGCGGUCGAGCCGUGGGAGUCUUACACGGAAAGGUUAGGACAAUACUUCAUAGCGAACGACGUACAUAACGAUUUAAAAGUUCCGUCACUUCUUUCCAUAAUUGGGCCUCGCCAUUAUACUCUACUGAAAAAUCUGUGCGCGCCAGUUAAACCGGCUGCUAUGACAUUCGAUGAACUCAUCAAGAAAUUAACAGACCAUUUAAGCCCUCGCCCAUCGGAAAUUGCUGAACGAUUUCGUUUUCAUAAACGAGAGCAAGGCGCAGGGGAAACUGUUACAGUGUACAUAGCGGAGUUACGCCGUUUGGCGAUCCAUUGCGACUUCGGUGACACACUGGAUAAGACAUUAAGAGACAGGUUUGUGUGCGGUUUAAAGCAAGAACAUAUUCAAAAGAAGCUUUUGGCGGACACAAAACUAACGCUCGAACGCGCAAUCCAGACCGCAGUAGCUAUGGAAACAGCAAGUUGUGAUGCACUAGAACUCCAAGGAAAACGGGAGACGGUAUACAAACUUACGGUAAACAAACCGAGAAAUAGCACCUACGGAAAACAGAAAACACACAAAACACCGUUUAAACCUGUGAUGCAGGGGAAGUGCUACCGUUGUGGUGGAGACCACAAAACAAAGACUUGUAAACAUCUGAACACUAAAUGCAGAUAUUGUGACAACCCUGGACACUUAGAAAAAGUUUGUUUUAAGAAACAACGUGACAGUAAUGGUGGAAAAGUCCAUUAUGUUGAUGAAGAAACAAGUGACGACAGUGACGAGUAUGAACAUAGCAGUUACCUGCUGCAUUUCGGCGUGAACAAAGUAUCCGUGGAGCCUAUAAUGGUGACACCGAGGAUCGAGGGUGUGGAAAUCCCUAUGGAACUGGACACAGGUGCGGCAGUCUCGAUCAUAUCCAAAGCAAACGUUGAAACGUAUUUCAAGAAAUACAAUCUUCUUCACACAAACGCAAAGCUGAAAACAUACAGUGGGGAGGAGAUCCAACCAGCUGGAAAAUUAAAAGUGAUGGUUGAACUGAAUAAUCAGAAAGAAACAUUAGACUUACUGGUUGUAAACAAUGAAGGACCAACUCUCAUGGGGAAAAACUGGUUACAGCAGUUGAAGCUCAACUGGAAAGAAAUCAAAUCCAUCAGAUGUGAUGAACAGAACGUGAAAGUGAAAGCUAUCCUAGACAAACACAAGAAAGUGUUCGAACCAGGCAUCGGCAAACUCAAUGACAUGAGAGGGAAACUUACUCUACAGGAUGGCGCCAGCCCGAAAUUUUGCAAAGCGCGUGAAGUUGCGUACUCACUUAGACCACGUGUGGAAGAGGAAUUCGACAGACUACAACAAGCAGGAGUUAUCUCACCUGUGAAAUUCAGCGAUUGGGCUACACCCAUCGUACCCUUACCUAAGGCGAACGGCAAAGUGAGAAUUUGUGGCGAUUACAAGGUGACUCUAAAUCCUGCCAUGAAGAUCGAACAAUAUCCGUUACCGAAAAUAGCAGACAUAUUUGCAUCCUUAGGCGGUGGACAGAAAUUUAGCAAGAUAGACUUGACCCAAGCUUAUCUACAGAUGGAAGUUGAUGAAGUUUCAAGAAAUCUACUCACCAUCAACACCCACAAGGGACUAUUCUGUUUCAAAAGACUUCCGUUUGGGAUCGCGUCAGCACCCGCUAUCUGGCAAAGAGCAAUGGAUCAAGUCCUGACAAACAUUCCGAAAACUAAGUGUAUUUUGGACGACAUGAUCAGAACAGGAUCAACAGAUGAGGAACACUUGCAGAACCUUAGUCUUGUGUUACAGAGACUUGAACAGUAUGGGUUUAGAGCUAACCUGGACAAGUGUCAAUUUUUCAAAGACCAGAUUAGCUAGUGUGGACACGUGAUAGACAAAGCCGGGUUACACAAGUCAAAUGAGAAAACAAACGCUGUUGAAAAUGCACCGACACCCGAAAAUGUGUCCCAAUUACGUUCAUUCUUGGGCUUGGUUAAUUACUACCAUAGGUUCCUGCCGAACCUUGCUACAGUAGUUGGACCGCUCAACGAGUUGCUACAGAACAACAAGAAGUGGACAUGGACAGCCAAAUGUGACGACGCAUUUGCAAAAGUGAAAGAACUGAUCACAUCCGAACAAGUUCUGUGCCAUUAUAAUCCGACAUUACCUGUACGGCUAGCUACUGAUGCAUCACCCUACGGAAUAGGGGCUGUACUCUCACAUGUCAUGGAAGAUGGAACCGAACGUCCCAUUGCGUAUGCUUCUCGCUCGUUGACUAAGGCGGAGAAGGCAUAUUCCCAGAUCGAUAAGGAAGCUUUGAGUAUCUACUGGGGAGUACAGAAAUUUCAUACUUACCUGUACGGACGUCAUUUUACGUUGAUCACAGACCACAAACCACUUGUGAGCAUUUUUCACCCUGAAAAACAGCUACCUGCAAUGACAACUGCUAGAUUGCAGCGCUAUGCUAUAUUUUUAUCGAGCCACAAUUACAGCAUAGAAUACAGAAAUACUGCAAAUCAUGGAAACGCAGAUGGAUUAUCAAGACUACCCUUGUCUGCACCCAGUACCAGUACAGAUGAAGAAACUGAUGCUUGUAAUGUCUUUUAUUCUUCACAGUUUGAAAACUUACCUGUUACUUGUGACACUGUAAGAAAAGAGACACAACGUGAUCCAGUCUUAUCGCAAGUGCUAGACAUUGUCUUACAAGGAACUCGUGACUUUCCUCCUGAGAACGACUUCAAAACAUACAGGAAUAGGAGCAAGGAACUUACUGCUCACCAAAACUGUCUACUUUGGGGAAACAGAGUCGUUAUUCCUGCAACACUUCAAAGUGAAAUAUUGACAGAACUUCAUAAAAGUCACCCAGGAAUCGUCAGAACGAAGAGCUUAGCGAGAUCUUAUGUAUGGUGGCCCACUCUUGACAGCGACAUUGAAGAAAUGUGUCAGCACUGUGUUGAUUGUCAACAAUACUUACCAAAACCCGAGGCAGCUCCUGUACAUCCCUGGGAAUGGACUGGUUCUCCGUGGGAGAGGGUUCAUGUGGACUUUGCUGGACCAUUUAAAGGACAGAUGUACUUCAUUCUGGUAGACUCGCAUUCCAAAUGGCCAGAAGUUGUGCGCAUGUCUUCAACAACAGCAACUGCGACCAUCAACGUCCUUAGAGAUAUCUUCGCACAUCUCGGACUACCGAAAACAUUGGUUUCCGACAAUGGACCGCAAUUUGUUGCUGAUGAAUUCAAGACAUUUUUGCGACAAAAUGGAGUGAAACAUGUGACAUCAUCACCUUAUCACCCCAGGACAAAUGGACUGGCCGAACGUUUCGUGAGGAGUUUCAAAGCAGCCAUGAAGAAAGACAGCAAAAUAACCUCUAAGGAGAUUGACAUUUUCCUCAUGACAUAUAGAGUGACUCCACACGCUACCACAGGAGAGACACCUGCGAAAUUACUUAUGGGGCGAAAUCUUAGAACACGCUUGGACCUACUGAAACCUGACACCAGCAAUAAAGUGCGACAGAAACAGGACAAAAUGAAGCUGUCGAAACACACAGGAUCCAACGUGCGCCAAUUCACCGUUGGAAAAUCCGUGAUGGUUCGAGACUACAGAGGAAGUGUACCAUGGAUUCUUGCUACAGUAACGUCUUGUUUAGGACCACUCACAUACGAGGUGAAGACCAAGGAGGAAGGAGUGUGGCGUCGGCACGUGGACCAGAUGAGAAGAGCUUCAGAAACCUUGACAGAGAAAACUGUACAAGACACAUUAGCCAAAGCAAUUCUGAGCCGAUGGAAACACCUGCAGUACCGUUUACCUACCCUACCGAUUCACCGGAAGUGUCAGAUCGUCCGUCAUCGCGGUUGAAAGUGCCGGACACUCCGAAGACAGACCGCUCCGUCGUCAGCAAAUCUCCUGUUGAACCGAGGCAAGCUGUGCUACAGACGCCUACCGCGGAACGACGGUAUCCAACACGCAUUCGCAAACCAACUGAGCGCCUGAUUACAGUGAUGUGAAUUUGUGUUUUUUAUUUGUGCUGAGGCAUAAUAAUCCUCAUUAAGUUCAUUAUUGUGAAUUCAAAAGUUUGAAGUUUUGAAAAAUUUAGUUAUAUGUUACAUUCAAGAAAUGAACCAAAACAUUUGUGUAUCUGUGGACAUUGAUAUGAAGGGGGGGAGGAUAUGUUAUAUCUGAAUCCGAAAUCUAUUGUUCUUAUCAUAUUGGUUUAGUAUGUAACGUGUAACUGCGCAUGCAUUUGUAAAAUAAAGUAGUUCCUGUGUAGCCAUUUUGGUAGUCACACGUGUUUUCCCUGAACCCAACAAAUCAGA